AUGACAAACUCAAAUAAUGACCAAGUCAAUGCAGACUACAACCUCUCCCACCCCAUAACCUCAACAACCGGCCUGCGCCAAAACCUCCCCUCCUACGGCGACGCCCACUUCUCCCUCUUCCUGCGCAAAGUCUUCAUCAAAGCCCUCGGCUACACCGAAGACGCACUCUCCCGGCCCAUAAUCGGGAUUGUGAAUACAUACUCCAGCUUCAACCCAUGUCACGCCAACAUUCCACAGCUUAUUGACGCUGUGAAGCGCGGCGUGCAGCUCAAUGGAGGACUUGCGAUUGAUUUUCCGACUAUUAGUAUCCAUGAGGCGUUUUCGUCGCCGACGAGUAUGUAUUUGAGGAAUUUGAUGAGUAUGGAUACCGAGGAGAUGAUUGCUGCGCAGCCUUGUGAUGCUGUUGUGCUUAUUGGAGGUUGUGAUAAGACUACGCCUGCGCAGUUGAUGGGCGGCAUUUCUGCAAAUAAGCCUAUUCUUCAUCUUGUUACGGGUCCAAUGAUGCCUGGUAGUCAUCGCGGAGUGCGUAUCGGCGCUUGCACGGAUUGUCGCAAUAAUUGGGCCAAGUACAGAGCUGGAACGAUAGAUAUCGAGGAUAUAUCAGCCAUAAACGAUGAACUAGCUCCAACAGGAGGAACAUGCGGUGUAAUGGGCACAGCAUCAACAAUGGCAGCCAUCCUAGUCGGUCUAGGCAUGAUGCCCUUCGCCGGCGCAACAGCACCCGCAGUGUCAGCCACACGCCUUCGAAUCGCAGAAGCAACAGGUGGUCUUGCUGUAUCAGCAUGUAACGACCGUGAACGUAUGAAACCACAAGCUUUGUUAACACGCGAGUCGUUUUUGAACGCGAUUACGGUGCUUCAAGCUAUCGGUGGUUCGACGAAUGCUGUUGUGCAUCUUAUGGCUAUUGCGGGUAGACAUCCUGGUGUUGCGGGGAGUAUCACUCUUGAUACUGUUGAUGAGAUUGGACGGAAGACGCCUUUGUUGGUUGAUUUGAAACCGAGUGGUGAUAAUUAUAUGACCGACUUUCACAACUCCGGCGGCAUGCUCGCUCUGUUCCACGAACUCAAGCCCCUUCUGCAUCUUGACGCGAUGACUGUUACAGGCCGAACCAUGGGCGAAGAAAUCGCCCAACAAUCUCUACUUUCUGUCCCAAGAGAACUAAGUGUCAUACACCCCUUCAAUGAACCCCUCUACCCAUCAUCCUCUCUCGUCGUCCUCCGCGGCAAUCUCGCCCCCGGCGGCGCGGUAAUGAAAGCCAGCGCCUCCAAAUACAAACAUCUCCUGAAUCAUACCGGUCGCGCAGUGGUAUUCGCCAACUCUGCAGACAUGGCCGCCAGGAUAGACGAUCCUGACCUAGACGUCGCACCUGACAGUGUUCUUGUUCUGCAGAACAUUGGUCCGAUGGGAAAUCCUGGUAUGCCUGAAGCAGGCAUGAUUCCGAUCCCUCGAAAGAUUGCUUCGCAGGGCGUAUUGGAUAUGUUAAGAUUGUCAGAUGGACGCAUGAGUGGCACUGCGGGUGGAACUAUUGGACUUCAUAUCUCUCCUGAAUCUGCGGAUCCGAAGUCACCUCUUGGUGUCAUCAGGAAUGGGGAUGUUAUCACAUUAGAUGUUGAGAAGAGACAACUCUCAGUUGACCUCUCAGACGAAGAACUAUCUCAAAGAAUCCAAGAAAGGGGAGGGAAUGAGAGGAUAUAG